UUAUCCAUCUAUUGUAAAUCAUGGGAUAAAGAAAACAACCAAAAUAAUACAUUUAAAAUACUAUGUAGUAAAACAAAAGGGGAAGAAAUAUUAAAAAAAGAAUUAAAUGAAUUACUAUGAGAAAGUGUUGAUUUUUAUGUAGAAAGACUAAAUUCAUUAGAGAAAGAUGAUGAAUUUAGAAAAAGAUUUAUUGAUUUAAUGCAACGUAACAUUUUUGAACAAUAAUUUAAUGAUUUAAUGAAAUAUACAAAAUUUUCGAAGCAUAAUUCACUCAAUUUUAAAUAUAAUUUAAAAAAAAUAUAUAAUUUAAAACAUGAUAAUGCUGAAAAACAUAAAAACUCACAUACAUUUAUAAAAAAAGUAGACUCAAAGAAUAAAUAAGAUUUAUUCAAGAAUAGCUCACGUAAUAAUCAUCAUUCCUUUAAAUAACAAGAUAUAGAUAAAAAUCUUUUAUAUUUAAGAAAAAAAUAUCAAGUAUAUUUUUUAGUUAAGUCAAACAAAAAAUUGCUUAAAAAAAUAUAAUUAUUGUUUACUAUAAUUGUGUUAUGUACUUCUAUUACACUAUUAAUCUACUAU